AUGGUCCUGUGUUUGUCAUGUGACUGUGGUGUGUCCCCUCCCUCCAGCUCCUAUUGGCUCAGUGGAAGUGUCAAUCACCUGCUCCUCCAGUGGGUGAUGAGGUGUCCUGCUCCUCUGAGGGGAUCAGCUCCUCUACAGCUGGACUCUGAAUGGAGAUCCACAGAAGGAUGGAAACACAGCAUAGAUCUGGAUGAGAGAAGUAAUGGAGACAUCAGCUGCAGCGUGAAGAACCACGUCAGUCACGCACAGAACACCACGAGACUCAAACCCUGUCCUGGUCUGGAUCGGUUCUGCAGUUUUGAUCAGUCUGAUCCCUGUUACACAGCUCUAGGAGACAAACUCUAUCUGCUGAUGCUGGACACUAGUAAAUAUGAUCUGAAGAUGCAAAAGAGAAUAAACAACCCACAAGAUGAUCCAGUUUGUAGAGUAAGGGAUGAUGAAAUGAAGAGGAAUCAAUGUGAUCUUUAUAGUAACAGACCUGAAGUAACAGUCAUUAAAGGGACUCUGAUAAUAAACUCUGUGAUCAGAACAGAUUCAGGGAAUUAUAGAUUAACUGUCUAUAACUCAGAUGGCUCAGAAACAUCUAGAGAUCUUCAGGUGAUUGUUCAAGUGUCCAGUUCGGUGUUUGUUCUGGUCUGGUGUCUUCAGCUGAUGGUUCUGUUGGGUCUUUUAGGAGCUUUUCACAUCUACAUGAGACACACGUCAGGAAAGAAACAAGAAGAUCAGAAAAUAAGGAUGAGAAGAUUUAGAGAAGGACAUGAACACGCAGCAGAAGAUUCAUGAGAGCAGCAGAUCUUCUGUAUUUAAUAUUAUGUUUAGCCAUUUUCUUAUUAAUAAGACAUGUGUUAUCAUAGAAUAUGGUUGGAAUGUGUUCUUUAAAAAUUGUACUUGAAAUUUAAAUCUAGGUAUCAGGUAAUAUACAAAUAAAAUGAUUUCAAAUGGUAA